UUUAUUAUUUAUUUAGAGAUAGACAGGCAGAUCCCACAGAAAUAAAUUAAUAAAAUUCACCACAUCUUCCCCAUGUUCAUAUACCCCAUAGAAUUCACCAUCUUUUUUCUGUUUUAAUCCCAAAAAAUAAUUAUUUUUCUUUUUUCCAACUGAGCAUAAUCAUCAUAUCAUCGUCUUCUUCAUCUCUUGUUUGAGAGAUGUUGGAUUUCUCAGGUGGGAUUGUAAGCAGGUCGGGAGAUGGGGCGGCGGAAGCUCCGGAGAGCGGCGGCGGGAGCAGCAGUGAGGCUGGUGGGGUUCAUUUUGGCGAGGAAGAUGGGGCGGCGAGAGCGGAGGAAGGUGGCGGCGGCGGCGGCGGAGAGAGGAAUUCCGGCGGGAAUAGGUGGCCGCGGCAGGAAACUAUAGCUCUGUUGAAGAUUAGGACGGAAAUGGAUGCUGGGUUCAGAGACUCCAACCAUAAAGCUCCACUCUGGGAAGAGGUUUCCAGGAAAAUGGCGGAGCUUGGGUAUCGCCGGAGUUCCAAGAAAUGCAAGGAGAAAUUCGAGAACGUUUACAAGUAUCAUAAGAGGACGAAAGACGGCCGGGCUUACAAAUCGGACGGGAAAAGUUACCGGUUUUUCGACCAGCUCGAGGCUUUCGGGAACCAUUCUACGCCGCGGCCUCCGCCGCCGUUAACUACUUUCGUGGCGGCGUCUCCGGUUCCGGUGGGAGCUCAAGUUACUGUUUCAUCAACUCAGGAGCCUUUUGGAGCUCCGAAUCCGAUUAAUUCUCCGCCGUUUCCGCCGCCGUCACAGCCGCUAUUGGGUCCGCAGGCGGAGAAACGAAAUAAUAAUAAUAAUUGUUCGGUGUGGUGUCCGACAUCGUCGUCGUCUACGUCGUCCGACGAGGACAUCCAGCGGCGGAGCGGGCGGAAGCGGCGGCGGCGGAAGGAUUUCUUGGAGCGGGUGAUGAGAGAUGUGAUCGAGAAACAGGAGGAGAUGCAGAAGAAGUUUCUGGAAACGAUCGAGAAGCGGGAGAUUGAGCGGACGGCGAGAGAAGAAGCGUGGAGGGCUCAAGAAACGGCGAGAAUAAAUCGCGACCACGACCUUCUAAUCCAAGAAAGAUCAAUGGCGGCCGCCAAAGAAGCCGCCGUCAUUAAGCUCCUACAAACCAUCGCCGAACAACACAACAUCCAAAUCCCCACCACCACCCCAACCCCCGAAUUUCCACCUCCGCCGCCAACCUCCGUAGCUCCGCCGCAAACCUCCGUAGCGCCGCCGCCACCAGCCACCGAUAACAACAACAAUUCACCAGUCCAAAAUUCCGCGAGCGCUUCCCGGUGGCCGAAACCGGAAAUCGAAGCGCUGAUCAGAAUCCGUACGAACAUGGACACCAAGUACCAAGAAAACGGCCCCAAGGGGCCGCUGUGGGAGGAGGUGGCGGCGGAGAUGCAGAAACUGGGCCACCGCCGGAAUGCAAAGCGGUGCAAGGAGAAAUGGGAGAACAUAAACAAAUACUUCAAGAAAGUGAAAGAAAGCAACAAGAAACGACCGGAAGAUUCAAAAACAUGCCCGUAUUUCCACCAGCUUGAAGCUCUGUACAAAGAAAAAUCCAAACCCGAAGCUUCCAUGAAUCCAUUAGAGGCCGAAAACAGCCCAAUCAUGGCGCGGCCAGAGCAGCAAUGGCCGCCGGCGCCGGUGCCGGGCCAUAACGACCACAAUGACGACAACGAAGAAGACGACGACAGUGACGAUGACAACGACGAGGCUGGUGGAGGGUAUGAGGUUUUGCCAACACCGGGGUCCGCCGCCGCCGCCACCACUGGUACGGCCGAGUGAGGGCGGCAUUGGGAAUAUCGAGCCGACAGUACAACAGACGAUGCAGAAGGUAUAAAUGUAAAUGUGGGUCAGAUCGAGAAUGCCGGUAGGGAAAGCAGGAGGGGGGAGAGAGAUUUUUGGUUUUAUUUUCGUAUUUUAUAGAAAAAUUAGUUUUGUUAUAAUUUUAAUUUUAUUUUUCGAUAUUUGUUUAUUAUUUCAUUAAAGAGAAAACUGGAGGAAGGUAUUCAAAAAAUUAAUAAUGAAAGGGGACAGUGUACUUUUUUUU